AUGGCUACGCGGGAGCUUGAUGAGCUUCGCAAGCAGCUAGAGACGCUCCAACGCUCGCACGACGCCUUACUAAAAAGCUUGUCCGCUUCGAACGGAAGCUUUGAACCCUCAGAUGUUACACGGCUACGUCGGAACGCUACCCAGCGCGGAGAUGCCGUCUUCGCCGACACAUCCACGCUAUCUGACGACAGUAGCGACGAUGAGGACGAAUUCUUCGUACAGAAUGAGCUGCCGUCCCAGUCUUUUGAUCAUGAACAUCUCCGCGAACAUUUGAAGACCCACAAUUGGGACGAACAUGGCAGAGAGAUCCUGGAAUCCCUGGUCUCUGACCCUGCGAAGCUGUCGAAACAGCCGCAUCUAUUCCACCUAGGGCCGGGACCUGCCGAGGACCGCAGUCAUUACUCUCAUUUCCAGGUCUACAAUGUCGGGCCUGAUGGGCACCCCGAACUUGUUGAAGUCAGCUCGGCGGACAAUGCCAUGUCCAAAGCUACAGAAAUCUGGCACUCUAUUAGGGAUAUUGGGAAAACCAGCGAGAAAACGACUGCAGGUCGCAUCACUGUUGCAAGAGAGCCCUCGCCAAUCUUGUUUGGUGCGUUGCAUCUAACAUUGCACAAUGCGUUCGACAUGGAUGAGCUGUUCAGACAUCUUGUACGCACGGAGGCGUCGUCCUCCCACAUGUUCCGUGCUUUCACCGAAGAUCCGCGUCAUCAACGAACAUUCUUCUUCACUUUCGAGUAUUAUACUAUCAUUGGAGAUGAUUGCAAGCCUAUGCAGUGGCAGCGUGCUGACACAGUGACAAGUUCGUCUGAUAGCCAUAUACCCUUGAGUCGCUGCGGUGCUGUGGUUGCUCUAGCCCUAUUCGACGAGAACCCUCGUCGUGUUAGAAACAGAGCGAGAGGGUCCAAAACCAACUACGGCUGGGUACAUGACAUGUGGUCGCCGUACCAGGUACUCCAGCUUGAAUGCUUCCCAGAUUGGAAAUCAACACCUAUCAAUGGUAAACCGUACACGUUUGAGACCGGCCAUCGAUACCUCAAUGGACCCGAGGCAUUCUUACAUGCACUGCUAACAGAAUAUCGAGAUGCGAGGAAACGGUACGAUGAAAUUUACAAGCAAAUUACCGAACUCGUCACACCACCGCUUGGCUUCCUUUUUGAUGAAGACGCUCGUCGGAAGAGACUAUUCGAAGAUAAACACUUUACCUGGACCCGUCGGUACUUCUACGCGCACCAAGCGUUAGGAAACGUCAACGAUAGUAUUAAAGCCAUGAUCGACGCCUUCGAAGAUACUUUCACCGAGGACGUAUGGGAUGGAGAAAGUAAGACCCUCUGGCCUCUGUACGAAGAGUCACCACGUAACGAUCACUGGAAGCGUCGACUGCGUUUGUUGAGGUUACAGUUCGAGCGUGAGAUGAAGGAACUUCGUAUCCUACAGAGGGAAAACAACGAGCGGCGCCAUGAGAUCGAAACCUUGCAAGAGCAGCUUUUCUCUGGCACGAGCAUUCAAGAGUCUAGAAAAUCAGUCGAACUGGCUGAUGUGACAGUGCAUCAAGGAUACAAUAUCAAAGUCUUGACAAUUGUCAAUCUGUUCUUUAUGGCGAGUCCCCUAACCCGACUCUGA